CCAAACCCGCAAAAUGCAUCUGGACCCGUCAAGUGACCCGUUGUUAAAUCCUUCUUGUACCCUUUCAUUUUGUUCACUUUUACACUCUAUGUGAUGCUUUUCUCUGUAAAAAAAAGCCAAUGAAUUCACUCGCUCCUAAAUUCCUCAAGCUCCUCAGAAUCUCUCCUUCCAUCAGACCCUCUUCACUCGUGAUGGGCGUGGAAAGGAGCUCAAAGUUGCUUUUCUCAGCCGAGACUGACAAUGACAGCGACAAGGAUGUGAGCCCUAAUGGUGAGGUGGAGGUCGAUGAUGAUUUUCCUCCUGAGAGGCCCGAGUUGCAACUGCAGAGUGUUGAUCCCAUAAAGGGCUGGAAUUUUCGCGGUGUCCACAGGGCUAUUAUAUGUGGAAAAGUUGGGCAGUCCCCAGUCCAGAAGAUCUUGAGAAAUGGCCGAACUGUAACUAUAUUCACCGUGGGAACUGGAGGAAUGUUUGAUCAGAGGCUUGUAGGACAGAAAGACUUGCCAAAACCAGCACAAUGGCAUCGCAUUGCUGUACAUAAUGAAAUGCUUGGGGCUUAUGCUGUUCAGAAACUUAUGAAAAACUCUUCAGUUUAUGUUGAGGGUGAUAUUGAAACUAGAGUCUACAAUGACAGUAUCAAUGGCGAAAUAAAAAGCAUACCAGAAAUUUGCGUGCGUCGUGAUGGGAGAGUUCGACUUAUCAAGGCGGGAGAAAAUAUGAGUAAUAUUUCCAUCGAUGAGCUGCGGGAGGAUUUACUGUAAUGUAACUCCAGUGGAAAAAUAUACUAGCAUGUUCGGUAAGGUGAAUUAGAUGGUAUUAAGAAGAAAAAGAAGCUGAAAUCUUGGUCCCAUACAUGACCCUUCGAGUAUAACAUUCUGCAAAGGUGAGUAGCUGAAGAGCCAUACUUCUGCUAGGAACUGUAUUUAAAGACGAGCAUGGAUUUCUGCUCUUAGUUUUUGUUAGCAGGGACCUAAAUAUGUAGAUUGUUUUCUCAUCUAUUUUUCCUUGGUUUAAGUAUUAAUGCCCUUAUUUUGAAAGUUGGGGUGAUGGACUUGAAGUGGAUUUCAUUUUCUGUACCUGCAUGUAUACAAGUGAUAUCUACUGCAACAAAUGUAGGAAAUUUGACAUCUAUUAGUAGGAAAUAUAUUCUGUUUUCAUUUC